AUGCCUCGUCGUCGAGUGGCUUCGCCAAAACCUUCAGCACCUGUUCGGAGUGCUGGAAGACAACCAAAUGCGACAACUCAGUCUCCAAGCGCAUACGCUGCUGCGUCGCCGCAACCGACGAGAACGGCGAUACCAGCAACGGUUCCUCCAGCAACACCUACAUCAAAUGGUCCAGGACUUUUCGGGCAGAUGGCUGCAACAGCUGGUGGUGUUGCCAUUGGAUCUGCUGUGGGACAUGCGGUUGGUAAUAUGCUAACAGGAAGUGGUGGUUGUUCGAAUGAAGCGGUAACGCCACCUUCUGCACCAGCUUCAGCUCCAGCUACCCAGCCAUGCGAAUUUGAAUGGAAACAAUUCAUUGAAUGUACACAGAACCAGGCGGAUUUAAGCCUAUGUGAAGCGUAUAACAAUUUAUUCAAACAAUGUCGUUCUCGAUUGGCUUAA